AGCGAGAAUCUGUCUCAAAAAAACUUUUUUUAAAGAGGAACUAAGGCUCCCUAGAAAAAACAGGUUCAGGGGGCCAUAUCUUGCAAGAGGUUGGGGUUGUUGUAUUGCAGGGGCUGUUUGUCCUUGUAUACUCAGCAACCUUCGAAGUACCAGAGAGCCCUGAUGUCAAGUGUUUUCUCCUGACAUCACAUACUACACUUCCGUCCGUGGGUUGAAAAAAACAUGUACUGUGUGUUCACCGGGUCCAUUCUGGGGUUGUCCAUAGUGACUUGCAUGCCAGCCCCAAGCAAGACAUGGCCAGCCUUGGCACCAGGGUACCUCGGCAGCUCCAUCUCAUGACAGCACGGCUUGUUCGUGAAUGAAAAGUUGGCUCAGACCCCAAGCUCCACCCCCUUCCAAUCCUGAUGGGAGGAGACAGGUGUUCCUUGUGUCAUUCUCUGCUCUUGUCCCAGAAAGAUGGACCCAGGUCCAAAGGGGCACUGCCAUGGGGGACAUGGCCAUGGCCAUCCUCCAGGUCCAGGUCACUGCGGCCCUCCCCCUGGCCAUGGCCCAGGGCCUUGUGGGCCACCACCUGGUCAUGGCCCAGGUCCUUGUGGGCCACCCCCUGGUCAUGGCCCAGGGCCCUGUGGCCCACCCCCUGGCCAUGGCCCAGGGCCUUGUGGGCCUCCCCCUGGCCAUGGCCCAGGGCACCCACACCCUGGUCCACAUCACUGAGGAAGUAGACUGAAACAGGACACAAGAUGGCAAGCCUGAGAGAACUGCCCAGCUGACCUGGAAGGAGACCUGAACCAGAAUCUUCUUUUCCUAAUAAACAGCCUCCUAGAGGCCAUGUUCUAUUCUUAAAA